UCCCAUUGUUUGCAUUUUAGCUCGUGAUGAGGAUGGCGGAGUGAAAGGCGCCAGUGUUUGGUGUCCUUCCAGAGAGAAACAUCCCAAACUGCUGCAUGAGAUUUUAAAACCUGAAACGGAGCUACAAAGAGCAGGUCGGGGAGAAGUUGAGGAGAGACACUUCAACAUGAACUCUGAGAGGAAACUGUCAGCUGACCAGUGGAGAGAUGUCCAGAAAGUGAUUGUUGGUGAAGAACAUCAGCAGAAGUGGAGCACCAGUCUGGACCAGGAGGACACAAAGCACCCACACAUUAAAGGGGAACAGGAGGAACUUCGGAUCAGUCAGGAUGAAGAGAAGCUUCAAGGGCCCGAGGAGGCUGAUAUCCCCAAGUUCACAUUCACUCUGGUCCCUGUGAAGAGUGAAAAUGAUGAAGAGAAACCUAUGUUCUCACAGCUUCAUCAAAGACAAACUGAAGAGAUCAAAACGGAAGCUGAUGGAGAGGACUGUGGAGGACCAGAACCAGCCAUGAAAUCAGAUCCAGAUACACAUAUACAACCAGACACUGAUGUCAAGACUGGAGACGCUUCUGAACCUGGGACUGAUGACAGUGAUGAUUGGAAGAAGACCAGAGAACCUCAGUCAGGUUUAAACUCUCUGAAUAAUGAUACAUUCCCUGUUAGUGAUUCGAGAUGUACUACUGGUGAGAAAGCAUUUAGCUGCUCUAAGUGUGGGAAAAGAUUUGGCACCAAUGGAGAUGUGACGAGGCAUAUGAGAUCUCAUACAGGAGAAAAAACAUUUAGCUGCUCAGUCUGUAAGAAAGCUUUUACAGUGAGUGGAAAUUUACAGAAACAUAUGAGAAUCCACACAGGAGAGAAACCAUUUAGCUGUGCUGAGUGUGGGAAAGGAUUUGGCACCAAUGGAGAUGUGAAGAGGCACAUGAGAAUCCACACAGGAGAGAAACCAUUUAGCUGCUCAGUCUGUAAGAAAGCUUUUACAGUGAGUGGAAGUUUACAGAAACACAUGAGAAUUCACACAGGAGAGAAACCAUUUAGCUGCUCAGUCUGUAAGAAAGCUUUUACAGAGAGUGGAAGUUUACAGACGCACAUGAUAAUCCACACAGGAGAGAAAGCAUUUAGCUGCGCUGAGUGUGGGAAAGAAUUUGGCACAAAUGGAGAUGUGACGAGGCACAUGAGAUCUCAUACAGGAGAGAAACCAUUUAGCUGCUCAGUCUGUAAGAAAGCUUUUACAGAGAGUGGAAAUUUACAGACACACAUGAGAAUCCACACAGGAGAGAAACCAUUUAGCUGCUCUGAGUGUGGGAAAAGAUUUGGCACCAAUGGAGAUGUGAAGAGGCACAUGAGAUCUCAUACAGGAGAGAAACCAUUUAGCUGCUCAGUUUGCCAGAAGGCUUUUACAGUGGGUGGAAAUUUACAGACACACAUGAGAAUCCACACAGGAGAGAAACCAUUUAGCUGCUCUGAGUGUGGGAAAAGAUUUGGCACCAAUGGAGAUGUGAAGAGGCACAUGAGAUCGCAUACAAGAAAGAAACCAUUUAGCUGAUCAGUCUGUUAGAAAGAGUUUGGACGGAGUGGUCAUUUACCUUUGCAAAGGAGAAUCCACAAAGGAAAGUAACUGUUUAGCUGCUCAAUCUGUAAGAAAGAUUUUAGACAGAGUGAAAAAUUACAGGCACGCAUGAGAAACCACACAGGAGAGGAGAGAAACCAUUUAACUGCUCAGUUUGUAAGAAAGCUUUUAGAGAGAAUGGAAAUUUAAACUUAGUGUAGUUUUAGUUGACUAAAUAUCAUAAGAGUUUUAGUCUUAGUCUAGUCUUAAAAUAGCCUGGGUAAACCCUGACCAACUUCUGGCAAAUUUGAGAUUUGCUCUGCAAGUCUGUCUGGCGAAGAGCCCAUUCAAACCCAUUUCCAAUGUCCCCAAAAUUGAGGCACCGAUCACAACCGCUGAGGCGGGCUUUCCACCAAUCACAACCGUUGAGGCGGGCUUUCCACCAAUCGCAACCGUUGAGCCGGGCUUUACGUGACGACGAUAGCGCAGGGACGGCGAGCAGCUUUAUGUUUACUUUCAACAUGACGACUACCGAAUCCGUGCUUCACCAUGACCGACCACCGGCAGGUCAGCCUGACAUAUGCCGAUUUCAUGCCGGUCAAUGCUACAAUUAACUGACAACAUAAGUUACAGUUCUCAAGGACGCACGCAACAGCACAGUCUCUUUUUCCUUUCUCUCAACUUUUCCGCCGUGUGUGGCGCGUACCCGCUCGCAGUGUGAAGCACAUUGGAGUCUCAUAUUACACACACUCACACUGUCUGUUACAUGCCCGGACGCGAGCCGGCUGCAGUGGCUGUAACCAAGACAAAAUGUUUCGACACUUUCAUUGUAACUAGUGUAGUUGUAACGUUACCCUUGGGACAUAAAAAACCUCCACCAAAGAAUCACAACUCAACUAAUAGCUAGUAAGCGUGGAGAGUGAACCCCUGCAAGGUCCUCUGCCAGUGCCUCUGCGUUAGAUCCACAACUCCUGCUCCAUUGUCCAAUAUACACAUUCUAAACACUUUUCUCUGGGCCAGUAGGCUAUUCCGUUGUACAGUCUGGAACACUGCAUUUACAACCGUGGUUCAUUUGCAAUAUCCUUGAAAAACUUCCAAACUUUGUUCUUUCUAAAGUCCUACACAGCACAGCUCGUCUGUGAAAUCCUGACAGAGCUCCAGCUAAGCGGGUCUGUGAAGGGGGAUCCUAAAGUGGUUGUGUCCCUCAGGCUGUGGCAGGCAGAUACAUAUUUAGCUGCCAGUGGAGCUGCUGUCACCUCUCCUAGGAUAACUACCAGCUUCUUUUUUUGGCUAUUUUUCUAAGGUGUAAAUCUCUUAGUGAAGAGAGUUUUUCCCAGUGGAGGAGGAAGUGCACCUCUGUCUGACCCAGUUGGUGGUGAAUAUUUGGUUAGCAUGUUAAUUUACGGUGUGUGCCCCUAAAUUUUCUGGUUGCGCCCCUAAAAUUUUCAGUUGGGGGACCACUGUGCUCCUAGUGAAAAAAGUUAGUCUGGAGCCCUGCUUUGUCCAGUCAUAUACAACACCACAACAUCUACUAUAAUAGUACACAUUUGAUUCAGUUUGAGGACAUUAAAUAUUUAUACUCCUAUUAAUUCAGCGAGACAAUCUUCUAAUCAGGCACUACCUUCAGAGGUAGUUUCCUUUAGCUUCUAUUUUAUUCCAAGUUUAGCUAGCGGAAACACUGUGGUUUAUCUGAUAAAAUAACCUUAGCGUGUAUGCUUAAGGCCGUUUUACAGUUGUGCGGAGCCUACAUAAGUGGCCUGAUGUUUAUACUUGUGCGCUGGUGUGUGCGUCGA